AGUUUAUUUGUUGCCUUUCGAGCUCUAAGCUAGCUCCUCGCGAUGGAGCAUAUACCAUCUAGCCCGACACGCUCCCACGCGAAGGACGCUGACGACCCACUGGAUACUUCGAGUGACGACGAUUGCUUGGACGACGCGUUCGGCGGUCUGGCAGCGCUGCCGGUCGAGGUUAGCGAGCGAAGACCGACGUGUUUACGGUGCCGUCGCCCUCAGAAGGUGUGUCUGUGUCCCUUUCUCCCCGCACAACCUCUGGACGUGUCCACAUGUCUCUACAUCGUACAGCACCCGGCAGAGGAGAGCAGAGUUCUCCGCACAGUUCCUCUUCUCGCUGCAUGUUUACCGCCAGAAAAGUGCAACGUUAUUAUCGGGAGGCGCUUUAACGAGGCAAAGAACCCUGAGCUGGCCGAAGUGUGUCAGGACAGCCGGACUCUGAUCCUGUACCCCGGCCCCAACUCCCAGAACCUGGAGGAGUUGGUACAGCGUCCAGAAGAGGGCGACAAGACGCAUAACAUCAUCCUUAUAGAUGGCACCUGGAGCCAGGCCAAGAACAUUUUUCUCAAAAACAGCAUGCUGCACCUCCCCAAGCAGGUGCAGCUCAACAGAAGUCUUUCGAGCCAAUAUGUGAUCCGCACACAGCCCACCAACAUCUGUCUGUCCACGCUGGAGUGCGCUGCUGUCGCUCUGUCCAUCCUGGAGUGCAAUGACAUUUUUCAAGAGGUGCUGCUGAGGCCACUGAAGGCCCUGUGCUCCUUCCAGCUGGAGCACGGCGCUCAGGUACAUCACAGCAAGGAGCACUUGCUGAAAAACGGCAUGUACGACAAAACCAAGCCCAAGAACAAGCGCAAGAUCAAGAGGCUGGAGAAGCUCGUGACCGACCGCAACUGCCUACUGAGAUGAUCACGUGCGAACCAGCGUUGUCGAGCUAACAGACAAUCUUCAAUGGAAGGGACACUUUUUUUCUUUGCUAGGAUUUUUUUAUUUGGUGUGGAUUUAUUUAAAGUGAAUAAAUCAUGUUAUAAUAGCACUUCCAAACAUGUGUGAUCUUACUGGCAUUUGUUAUUCUUCAUUAUCCUUCAUCCAAUGUAUUGUCUUCACCCACCACCGUUUUGAUCAAUGCUGACAGGGAGGUACACUACAAGCAAUGUGAUCGAUACCUAUUGAUCCAUACACAGUGUGUUGUCCAAAUAAAUUUAGUGUGUAUAAAAAA